AUGGCACCUCCAAGGCCCCUUCUCAUACUGGCUCUGCUGGUGUCGGUUGCUGUGGCUGACCAAGAGUCAUGCAAGGGCCGCUGCACUGAGGGUUUCAAUGCUGACAAGAAGUGUCAGUGCGAUGAGCUCUGCUCUUACUACCAGAGCUGCUGUGUUGACUACAUGACCGAGUGCAAGACCCAAGUGACUCGUGGGGAUGUGUUCACUAUGCCAGAAGAUGAAUAUGGGACCUAUGACCUCUAUGAGAGCUCCUCCGUGAGCCCUGAAGGGACUCCUGAGCCGACAACUGUCUCGAACCCUGAGGAAGAAGCUCUUACAGCCGAGUCAAGUCCCCAAGGGCCUGAGGUGGAGACCUCAGGACCUGAGGGGAUGAACUUAAGACCUGAAGCUACUGCUGAAGGGCCCUCUGAGUUCUCCACAGAGGAGGAGCUGUGCAGUGGGAAGCCCUUUGAUGCCUUCACUGACCUCAAGAAUGGUUCCCUCUUUGCCUUCCGAGGACAGUACUGCUAUGAGCUAGAUGAAACAGCAGUGAGGCCUGGGUACCCCAAGCUCAUCCGAGAUGUCUGGGGCAUCGAGGGCCCCAUUGAUGCUGCCUUCACCCGCGUCAACUGUCAGGGGAAGACCUACCUCUUCAAGGGUAGUCAGUACUGGCGCUUUGAGGAUGGUGUUCUGGACCCUGGUUACCCCCAAAACAUCUCUGAAGGCUUCGGUGGCAUCCCAGACAACGUGGACGCAGCCUUGGCUCUUCCGGCCCAUAGCUACAGUGGCCGGGAAAGGGUCUACUUCUUUAAGGGGAAGCAGUACUGGGAGUACGAAUUCCAGCACCAGCCCAGCUGGGAGGAGUGUGAAGGCAGCUCCAUGUCGGCCGUGUUUGAGCACUUUGCCCUGCUGCAGAGAGACAGCUGGGAGGACAUCUUUGAGCUGCUCUUCUGGAGCAGAUCCUCUGGGGGCGCCAGAGAGCCCGGGCUCAUCAGCAGAGACUGGCAUGGUGUGCCUGGGAAGGUGGAUGCUGUCAUGGGCGGCCGGAUCUACAUCUCAGGCUCAGCACCCCGCUCCUCCUUGGCCAAGAAACAAAAAUCCAGACGUCGCAGUCGCAAACGCUACCGCUCCCGCCGUGGUCGUGGUCGUGGUCGUGGCCGCAGUCACAGCCAGAACUCCCGUCGGCCAUCCCGUUCCACCUGGCUGCACUUGUUCUCCAGCGAGGACAGCGGGCUGGAAGCCUACAACUAUGACUAUGACAUGAACUGGGUUGUGCCUGCCACCUGCGAGCCCAUCCAGAGUGUUUACUUCUUCUCAGGAGAUAAGUACUACCGAGUUAACCUUCGCACACGGCGAGUGGACACAGUGACUCCUCCCUACCCACGUCCCAUCGCCCAGUACUGGCUGGGCUGCCCUGACCUGAAGUAG